AUGUCAGAUUCCAACACAACUGACUUCACCAAGCCCUCCACCUUCAUCCUGCUGGGCAUUCCUGGCCUGGAGGCAGCCCAUGUGUGGAUCUCCAUCCCCUUCUGCACCAUGUACACCAUAGCCAUGUUAGGAAACUUCACCAUCCUGUUCAUCGUGAAGAGGGAGCCGAGCCUUCAUGUGCCUAUGUACUAUUUCCUCUGCAUGCUGGUCAUCACCGACCUGGUCCUGUCCACAUCCAUCCUGCCUAAAACACUGACCAUCUUCUGGUUCAAUUCCAGGGAGAUCGAUUUCGGUGCCUCAUUCACACAGAUGUACUUCCUUCACUGCUUCUUAGUAACAGAGUCUGGGAUCUUCAUGGCCAUGGCUUUUGAUCGCUAUAUGGCCAUCUGUGAUCCCUUGAGACAUUCAAUCAUCCUGACAAACUCCAUGGUGGCCAAGAUCGGCCUAGCCGUGGUGCUGCGUAGCAGCAUUCUCAUGCUCCCCUAUAUUCUAGUGGCAAGGCAGUGGCCAUAUUGCAGAACCAACAUCAUACCCCACUUUUACUGCCAACACAUGGCCGUGGUGAAGCUGGCCUGUGCCGAAAUCCAUGUCAGUAAUUACUACAGCCUCUCUGUGGUAUUCUGUGUAUUUGCUCUGGAUCCAUUUGUUAUUGCUGUGUCCUAUACCCAGAUCCUCAGGGCCAUCUUCAGCCUGCGCACAAAGGACGCUCGGCUCAAGACUUUUGGGACCUGCGGCUCCCACCUCUGUGCCAUCUUAGCCUUCUACAUCCCAUGUCUCUCCUCCGUCCUCACGCACCAGUUUGGCAAGAAUAUGGUCUCUCAUUUCCACAUUCUCAUUGCCAGCAUUUACCUUCUGAUGCCCCCCAUGCUAAACCCCAUUAUCUAUGUGGUGAGGACCAAACAGAUCCGGGACAGGCUGCUGCGGCUGUUUAGUCAUAAAGGGACUAAUAUCUAA